AUUAUAAAAAGAUCGAGGAGUACAAUGAACUUACGGAAUCAUGCAACGUUUCCGUGAAGCCUGUUCUGGAACCUAGCUUCCGGAUCCAGAAACUUCUCCAGAAGCAGACCAGCUGUGCUAGGCAGUCUGAAUGGACCAGCAACUCCGCUUUGAAGAUUUAUUUUCAGUCUUAUCUUCUGCUGAGAGAUUCACCUCUGGGGUGAUUGGUUCGCUUUUCGGCGGAUGAUGGAGAAACGUAAACAGGCCGGACUGCUGACCCUGCCGUACCACCUGCUCCCGGGGCCCAUGGGCGUGCCUGCGUCCCUGCCCCGCCUUCCCCUGCGGGACCCCUUCAGGGUCUCCUUGCGCCUGGACGCCGCGUGCUGGGAGUGGGAGCGGGGCGGCUGCGCCCCGCGCCGGCCGUACUUGCCCCUGCCGCUGGACGGCGCCUUCGAGCCCGCCUUCCUCCGCAAGCGCAACGAACGCGAGCGGCAGCGGGUGCGCUGCGUGAACGAGGGCUACGCGCGCCUCCGAGCUCACCUGCCCCGCGAGCCGGCGGACAAGCGCCUCAGCAAAGUGGAGACGCUCCGCGCCGCCAUCCGUUACAUCAAGCACCUCCAGGAGCUGCUGGAGCGCCACGCGCGGGGGCAGGAGGGCGCGGCCGGCGCCGGCCCCUCGCUCAGGGCCGAAUGCAACAGCGACGGCGAGUCCAAGGCCUCGUCGGCGCAUUCGCCCAGCAGCGAGCCCGAGGAGGGGGCCUGUUAGCGAGCGCUGGGCCGGCCCGGACCCCUCCCGCUGCGCCGCGCGCUUUUGGAGUCUGCUCUAAGGUU